UAAGUUUAGGCCCAAAAUUGUAUCUAUUCAUUUGCAUUCUCACUGAGAUAAAAUAGCUAUUAAAAUCACAUGCAACCUGUUGCACCCUGAACUUCACACUUAUAUAAAACCUUAAUGACUUAAUUUAUUUCUAGGUAUUGAGAGAAAGAAAAUAAGUUCUAUUAGUCUUGGUUCCCUUAUUCUCUGCAUCAUGCCUGCUCAAAGUAUAAUGUUGAUUACUGAAUCAUUUAUGGUACAGCAUUAGCCCUCGUAAUGUGUCAUGGAAAAUAGUACAGUAGAGUAAAUUUGAUAAGCAAUUAUAGAUUGUAUGUUCUGAAUGUACAUUACAUGUUAGACGUGGAAUUAUUUGAGCAUAGCCACAGACAGCAUUUGUUUCCAAAAGUGAUGCUCGGAAGUAGUGUGGAGUUUUUCUUACAAGUUCCUUAGAUUUUGCCUUAGAGCAUUUAUGUGGGCAUGUGUGAAAUAUUUCCAUUUGCUUUCCUGCCCAAACCCUUUGGCAUAUCAGUUGCUCCUUCUGAAACUGUCUUAAUUCAAGCCAGAUUUUUUUCUUUAUCCUUAUAUCUCCACACAGCAGGAUUCUGUCAGCCUGCACCCCACCCCCUACCCAGCACUUCCCUGCCCACCCUUGCUUUAGUUUCAUCCUUGGGAAGGUUUUUAUUAAAAGUGCAGGGGAUUCUUCCUGGAAAACUACUUUCUUGCUAGUGCUUCAACAACCCAGCAUACAGAUCCACUGGUUGCAGCACUCUUGUCAGGUUAUUUUAUGAGAUAAAUAAUUUGCUAGAUCCAGACUUUCUUUUUCUCUCACCUCUCUCUCUGAUUAUAGAACUUAUUUAUAGCUCCUGUGGGUUAAGAUGGAAAAACAGCGAUUGCUGCCAAUCACACACAUGUUCUUACAUUACAUUUUAGUCCUUUUUGCUUUUUGAUCUCUCAGUUAUUAUUUUUUUGGAAUUUCUCACUGUUUCAUUGCCUGAAAGUCAAAGUCCAUGCAGCUAAGUUGUGAAACAUCAGCCUUUCCUGGAAGGAUAAAGGGUUGAGGUAGGAUUUGGUCCUUCUAGCUGCAAAGAGUCUAAUGUAUAAUGGAGUGUUUUCUGGGUGAAAAAUAUCCCUUUUUCUGGGUGAAAAAUAGUACUUUCGUAAAAGAUUGUCACAUUAUAAGUAUAUUCUCAGUCUGGACAGCCAGUUUACAGCUUUAUUUUGCAGAUUACUUGAGUGUUGCUGUUUUUAACUUUAAAGGGUAGAUUAGGCCUUGUUUUGUUUAAUAGCUUCUAGAUGUAGAAAUAUGAUAAGAUACAUCUUUGAUUUCUGUAAGGCUUGUUCAGUAUUCUUGUAUAAUAAAUUAUUAUUCUGUGUCACCUAGAAACAUCAGCUGAGGUUAAAAUUUGGCUGAAAAAUGGUGAAGAGGUAGUUUCUAUCCUGAAUAGAUUGUAUUCUAAACAAAGAGAGGUCUUAAAGUUACCUCCAUUUGUUCCAGUGGCACUAAGUGAUUGCAGUCUGUUGAGGAAAUCUACAUCUUGUUUAUGUGAAAAGAGGAGUGAUGCAUUUAUAUUUAUGUACAUUGACAGCUGUCUGAAUUGAAUAUUCAACUGUAGGUUUUGUACCUUGCCACUGCUCUGCAUUUUUUUAUGAGUAUGUGUUUGCAUAUGCACAAAAUGCACUCCUGUUUUGUAAAUUGGCCCUUUGUGCUUGGAAGAAGCCUUUGUCUGUGAAGAAUUACUUUUUGUUCUUCAGUUAACUUUUUAGUGACAUUGAGAAGUUACUAAAACAACCUUGCUACUGUCUUGUUACUGCCAAAACUGUUUGGAAAUUGGUUACUUUUUUGGUUGGAGCUCCCCUAACUAGGUACCUACUGCUGUUAUGAGAUCUUCUGUACCCUUACAUAAAAUAGCCAUGGUGCCUUGUGCCUACUUUGGGUUCCUGCUGCAGCUGUCAGGAUUUAUUACUGCUGCUGGUGUGGGGAUGUUGGCAAUAUGUAAUGCACACUUCAGAACUUUUCUAUCUGGAACUGCCUGGCAGCUAACUGUGAAGCAAACAAUUUGACAAACAAGGAUUUUUAUUUGAGUGUGGUCAUCGGGAAGAUAGAAGCAGAGAUUUAGGCUAAAUCAAACUACAUGAGCUGGUACAAUUUUUCUUUUCCUUCAGAAAUUAGCUGCUACCUUCCCAUUCAAAUAAUCCAGGUAGGCAGGCUUGUGCUUAUCUGUCGGUGGUCUUCUGGCUUAGUAUGGAUUUGACAUCGUCACAACAUAAUCGUCUGAAUAAUGAACAGAGAAGAAAAUUAGAAAGACAAGCAGGGGAAAAAGAAGAAGAACAAAUAGUUACUGAAAUCAUGAGAAGACGUUUUUUUCCUGAUGUUAUAACUUAUAAGGCUUGGGAAGGCUUUCACUUUGCUGGCCAUGAGAUAAGGAUUACAGAAGCCACUGAUUGUUAUGGGGCAGUUGUCUGGCCAUCGGCUCUUGUUUUGUGUUAUUUUUUGGAAACCAAUUCUAAACAGUAUAAUUUGGUCGACAAAAAUGUGAUUGAAAUUGGAGCUGGAACUGGAUUGGUCUCUAUAGUAGCCAGUUUACUGGGUGCACUUGUGACUGCCACUGAUUUGCCAGAACUGCUGGGAAACCUUCAGCACAAUGUUCUCCAAAAUACAAAACUGAAAUGCAAGCACCAGCCCUGUGUCAAGGAGUUGUCCUGGGGAAUUGAUCUGGAAAAAAACUUUCCCAGAGCUUCAUGUCACUUUGACUACAUUAUGGCUGCUGAUGUAGUUUACCACCAUCCCUUCCUGGAUGAGCUCCUACUAACUUUUGACCACUUGUGCAAGAAUGAUACUGUCAUUAUGUGGGCUAUGAAGUUUAGGCUGGACAAUGAGAACCAAUUUGUGGACAGAUUUCAGACACUCUUUGAUUUAGAGGUGAUUUCUAAUUUCCCUAGUUUGAACAUAACCCUGUAUAAGGCAAUGAGGAAAGGCAAGAUGAAAGUCAGACCUUCCAAAUUGUCUGUCUGAAAAAGAGAUAUAUGGGGGUGAUCAUCUCAGAUGCUUUGUAGCUAGUUCUCUUUUUAAUAAUUUCUACAUAAGUAGUUGCCUGCAUCUUUACGAAUGACAUUUUUUAAGCAAGUUAGAACAAAACAUUGGUUUUCCGGUGCAUCCCUACGGAAUUCCUGAAUCCAAUUUGCUGAAAGUUUUAUACAUGGAAGAAAUGUAUUUCUGAUGUUUUCUUGACUUUUAUGUGCUAAAUUGACAAAACUAAUAACUUUCAUAAUUCUCAAUAUUAUUUUUAUGGGAUGUGCAAUGAAUAUUUCCUUUCAAAUGCAGUUUUAAACAGUGUCUUAUGAGAUUAACCAAUCUUUCAAAGAUUUACUACAGUCUUACAUUUUGUAUUUAACAGGUGUGAUGUUAAAUCUAUUUUUCUUCAUUCCCACCAUAGCGUUCAAAUCCUUCCUUCAAAUGGCCCUUCACAUGACAUUAACUGAAAGGAAAAAUGGGAGAUAUAGUAUCAUAAUAAAGAGAGAGAGACUAUUAGUUACUCCUUGAUUUAAUGACUGUGUUUUCAUAGAAUCAUAAAAUGGUUUAUGUGGGAAGGGCUCUUUAUGAUCAUGUAGUUCCAACCCCCCUGCAAUAGGCAGGUACACUUCCCUCCAGACCAGGUUGCUCAAAGCCCCAUCCAGCCUGGCCUUGAAUGCCUUCAGCAUGGGAGCAUCCACACCCUCUCUGGGUAACCUGUUCCAAUGUCUCACCACCCUCACAGUAGUGAAUUUCUUCCUAAUAUCUAGUCUAAAUCUACUCUCUUCCUGUUUAAAGCCAUUUCUUUCCCUUCCACUUUUUAUUUAGAUUCAGGGAUUCUUCAACAGACAGCUGCACAUGUGAGGCAACAGGGAGUUAAAUAUUUUGUUACUUGAACAAAGGUCUGGAAUAAGAAUAGUACAUCACAUUCACAGGUCCCCGUUUCAAAGACCUUAAAUUUUUGGCUAUGUGCCCAUUCAGAAAUAGACUGGUAUUUGCACCUCAGGGAACAAUGGAAAAACAACAGUGGCAUCAGGAUAAGUAUUCUGCAGCGUCAGCUGGUGGCAGCUGGAGGUAGAAAAUGAAACCUGCUUGUCACAGUGUGGCUGAGACAUGGACAGACUAGACUUUUUGCAAGAGCAAAUGGAGCAUUUUUCUCCUACCCUCUCCUAGUUAACAUGUGUUCCCAGUUUUAGUGAUCAGAUGAGUGUACUUAAGCACAUAAUUUUUUCCUUUGUUCUUACUCCCAGCAUAAAAUUUGGUUUUCUGAGAUAAAACUUUCUACCGUUAGACAUGAAGUGAUGUAGACAGGAGAAUCCAAGCUGCCAAGAUUUUCCAGUGGGAUUUGGGGACCCCAAAGCUGAAAGGAAGUAGUGGGAGGAUAGGUGAGUAUUUGGCAGGAGGGAUCUGGAUGUAGGAGGGUUGUGGAAAAAAGGUGGAUGUAGUGAAAAGGUGAGAUGAAGAAAGAGAAGAGGUUGCAACAGUGACACUAACUUCAAAAUGUUGGAUCCACUGAUUGAAAGGGGACAUUCUCUGUAACAGCAAUUACUUACAACCAUCCAAUCCACUGCAAUUGAAACUAAAAUCCUUUCAUCCUAAAAAGCAUCUCUGUUUACAAAUAUUUCACAGAUAAAUGGAUUGGCACUGGAUAAUGAGCAAGACAGCUCUGCUUGCACCAAAAUCCUCCAGUGAAAAUAUCCUGUGAAGUACAAAGCAAUGCAGGCUAAGGAUGAAAAGAGAGAAUCCAGCAAAGUAGUAAAGUGGGAUCACUUUUAAUACCAAUGAGCCCUUCUAUUUUGUCUGAGGCUGUCCCCCACUGAGCUCCUGCUGAAGUCAACAGGAGCUGUGUUUGUAGAGCAGAUUCAUAAUUGGGCUCUUCAGGCCUGACAGCAUGGUAAUGUUUAGUGUAAUCUAAAACUGCUCCCCUUUCUCACAAGUCGGUCUAAGCAACACUGUGUGAAGCUUCCUGGGAAAGCUCCAGAGCCUAGCUGCUCUAUUGUAUGAAGGCCUUUUGUCCUCUGUUAUGAUAGGCAGGUUAUUAGCCAUGACCAACGGGUGGUGGAGGUUAUAUGUGGCAUUUGCCUGUGGAGUUUAUUUCUGCUCUUUGAGAACAGGUCUCUCAGAUGACUGUCAGAUAUUGCAGUUUCCUAAAGUCGGUUAUAGUUCUAGUAAUCACUUACCCUUUGGUCUAAAACUUCAAACAAAACUCAAGUUGUUAUGCAGAGCACAUGGCAUUGGCAUAAAACUAUGCGUGAAAGAAUUCCACCUAUAUGAACGCUAGAGAGACUGUGUAGGUUUACAGGCUUUUACAUUAUAUUAUGGAAUGUUAUGCUAAUGAUGUUAAUUGAAGAUAUGUAUUACUUACUUAUGUAUGUAUGUAUUACUUACAGUCAAUUCCUUGGUUUUCCGUACUCUCCUCUAUCAGUAACUUAUUGAACAACAUUACCAACCACAUGCAUAAGCAACUGGACAGCAUUUUCGAGGUUUUCCACAAAUGUUUUACUAACCACACAACUUCCACAUGCUAAUAUUUAUUAUUACCAUUAUUAUUAUUAUUAUUACCUGUGUACAUAUAAAAAGAUUAAAUAAAUUUAUUUUGCUGUUAAUCAUAAAAUAUCUCAAUCAAAGUCUUUAUAAGUCAUACUUUUUUUGCUUCUAAACAUUAAAGUAGCAAAAAUUU